AUGGCAUUAAUAGAAGAUUGGCCAAUAGUUGUGGAUAACGGAGCUGGACAUUUAAAAGCUGGUUAUGCUGGAGAUGGUGGACCAAGAAUUCUUAUUCCAAUGUUAAUAGGUAGACCAACAAAAUGUUCAAAAUAUACAGACUGGUUUGUUGGUGAACAUGCAAAUGUUCUUCGAAAUGAACUGAUUCUUAAUUGCCCUAUUGCUAAUGGAAUUGUAACGGAUAUUGACGGGUUAUCAUUAGUUUGGUAUUAUAUGUUCAUGAAGGAACUACGUACAAAUCCGGAAAAUCAUCCAGUUCUUAUAAGUGAAUAUCCUUUAUUGCCUAAAUUCAACAGAGAAAAAUUAGCAGAAAUGGUUUUUGAGAAAUUUCAUAUGCCUGGUUUAUUCUUCACAGAUCAAUCUGCACUUGCUCUGUACGCGUAUGGGCUAACAUCCGGUUUGGUUGUUGAUGUUGGUACAGAAAUGUCUAAUAUUACACCGGUCAAUAAUACAAUUUAUAUACCGAAUGCUUUAAGGCGUCAAAAUCUCGGUGGAUCUCAUAUAACUGAAUUAUUCCGAUAUAUGCUAGCGAAAGAACAUCCUGUUGCAGCCACAUCUAUCUCACGUGAUUUUGCACGGCUUUUAAAAGAAAAAAUUUGUUUUAUUUCAUUGAAUCCAGAUGAUGAAAGAAAACAAAUCAAUUCCACUUCAAGUGCACAAAAUGUACAUCAAACACCAGAUGGUCAUAUUAUAAGUUUGACUAAGGAAAGAUUUAUGGCACCUGAAUUAUUAUUUUAUCCAAGACAAGCAGGUUUAAGUGGUACAACUGGACUACAAAAUAUCGUUAAUGAAUCUAUUCAAAAAUGUUCAGCUGAUUUACAUCCAACAUUAUAUUCAAACAUUGUAUUAAGUGGUGGUAGUACAUUAUUUCCUGGACUUUCACAACGUUUAGAAAAUGAAUUGAACGCGUUGAACUCACCAGUAAAUCAAAGAAUAUUUGUACAUAGAAAACAAAAUGAUCAAAAAUAUGCUGUAUGGAUUGGUGGUUCCAUUUUAGCCUCAUUGAGUUCAUUUAAAGAAAUAUAUAUACAAAAGAAAGAAUAUGAAGAAUUUGGUGCAAGAAUUGUACAUACAAGAUAAAAC